GGCUGGGAUAUUGGAAGGGUGGGAGGAGUGUGAGGGGGAAAGAUGGGGGAUUGCUGGCCCGUGGCACUCUUCCUCGCCUACUUGCUAGGUGGAGUGACGUUUCUGCCGCUUUUGGUCUGGACUCUAUGGGUCUGGGGGACUAUCGAUAUAGCCCAUGCCAGACAAGGCGAGGAAAGACAUGCACAUGAUCAGAGCGGGGUGGAGGGAGGGCUGAAUGGCUUGGAUCGAGAAGACGAUAAGGAAAGAGAUGGUCUGGGAAUCGGAAUAGCAGGCACUCUUCUAGAGGGACUGAAAGGCCGAAAGCACAUUCCAGACGUGGCGUCCGGCUUCUUCGCUGUUUGCCGCGAGUAUGUACCGGGCGGGUGGAACGGAAAGCCACCGGAACGGACUACUCCUGCAGGAGCGGUCGUUGCAACGGAGAGUCCGAGCGUAUAUCAGUCGAUGUACAGAAGCAUCUUCGACAGAAACAAAACUUUCGGUCCUUCAAUGGAUGCUACGAAUGGGAAAAGCAAAAAGGCCCGAAAUGUCUUUUACGUUGUGUUACGGCUCGGACACCUCAUGCUUUAUGAUGACCCCGAGCAACUAGAAGUGCGUCAUGUGAUAUCUCUUGCGCAUUACUACGUCGACAUCUACGCUGGUGGGGAGCCGAUCCCUGAGGGUGAACUCUGGAUCAAGCGCAACUGCAUCCGUUUGACCCAGCGAGCCCAACUCGACAGUACUGGGAACCCGAAGCCAUUUUACCUCUUCUCGGACAAUUGUUCCGAGAAGGAGGAUUUCUACCACGCCAUGCUACGAACUCAGGAGCGUCACGGAGAUGCGUCUCCAAACCCACCUUUUCCGCUCAAAUUCAAUACACACGAUCUUGUCCGACUCGUUCAGCAGCUCCACGCAUCGGAAGAGAACUUGCAUACCCGUUGGGUCAAUGCGCUCAUUGGAAGGCUCUUCCUUGCGUUAUAUAAGACCUCGGAAAUUGAGCGCUUUGUCUGGACGAAAAUCACCAAAAAGAUCGCCCGUGUACCCAAACCGGCUUUGAUCAGCAGUAUCAACGUGCAAAAAAUUGAUAUGGGAAGUCUGCCACCUUUCAUCACAAACCCGAAGCUGAAGGAGCUCACGGUGGAUGGGGACCUUACCAUCGAGGCUGAUAUCAGUUACAAGGGUAAUUUCCGUCUGGAAAUUUCUGCUAUUGCUCGCAUCGAGCUUGGAUCUCGCUUCAAAGCUCGGGAGGUUAACCUUGUUCUUGCUACUAUCCUGAAAAGGUUAGAGGGUCAUAUCCUGCUGAGAAUCAAGCCUCCUCCAAGCAAUCGGGCUUGGGUGACCUUCGAAACUGCACCCAAAAUGGAGUUAUCCCUCGAGCCUAUUGUAAGUUCGCGACAAAUUACAUACGGAAUCAUUCUACGCGCUAUUGAGAGUCGGAUUCGAGAAGUUGUUAGCGAGACGCUCGUACUUCCUAAUUGGGAUGACAUCCCAUUCAGCGACUCAUCUUUGCAACACUUCCGAGGAGGCAUAUGGAAGAACGGGUUUGAGGAAGGCGACUUUAAUUUUGGUCUAGACGGCAUGGAGAAGAAAGAUCACCCCGAAGCCUUAAGACAAGAAAAUGUAGAUCCGGGAGGACUUACGGCUCUGUAUCAUGAAGAGAGCAAGAGCAUGGCUUCCUUGGGGGUGGUAGAUUCUUUGGGCCUGCGCGGAGCUACACAAUCUGGUCUAGAUCCCCUCGAAGGUCUAGGCGUCUCAACUGCGACGGAUUUGGGCGCAAAUACGAAGCCAAGAGCUAUACGCUCUUCGUCUUUCGCCAGCGCCGCCAGCCCGAUAGUCAACAUUAACCCAGCAAAUGCUUCAGCAAACAGAAUCGAAGGGCGAAGCAUUCUGCAUGAUGCUGCAACCGCCAUGAAAACCACUAUAUCCCGGUCGCCACCAACAUCACCUACAGAUUCCUCUGCAGAAUUCCCCUCUCGGCAGAGCGCUAUACCCGUUCGUAAAGUGUCGUCAACAUACUCUCAGGCCACAGUAGUGGGACGAAGCCAAAGGUUGGAAGAUACAUCAGAUACCGGCUCUUUGGGAACGCAAAGUAGCCCGUCAAGUCAUGAUCGCUUUCCAGAUUCUGAUGGUGACGGAUCGAGAUCAAUGCAUGGUUCUUCCACCUCGUUACCCCUCGAUUCAUUAAACUUAUCAAGCAAUCGGUCGCCUACGUUCAAUCACUCGUUGAAUUCCGCUACAGCAGCCGCUAAGAAAUGGCUUACCACACGGCAAACAUUAAAAUCGCCUUCUCACAACACCGAGAGACACUCAACUCACCGUCCGCGAAGCGACACUCACCCUGAACCAUCUCCUAUCGAUAUGAAAGGCGAGAGCAAGACUGAGUUACCGUCUGGAUAUCCUGUUUCCUCAUCUUCGCCGGCUAGCGUCAAUCACCGGCUUGGGCCUAUUGGGAGAGGUCACCCGCUUCCACCCCCUGGAACACCGCUUCCCCCACCUUCUAAAGCGGAAAAGCGGAGCACUUGGAAUAUACCGACCGCUUCCGCCUUUGCAACGCUCACUCGACGAAAACCAGUCCCUGUUAAACGGACACUACCAGCAUCGCGCCAGGACUUGCCUAGUCAUCGCCAAUCUUCCACAACGCCUCCGGAUAUUGCAGACUUUGUAGGCAAUGAGACGACGCCAACAGUACAGCACUCACUUCGCCGUAGAUCAUCGAGUACAAGCUCGAUGGCGAGUAUUUCUCGCUCCGGCGCGCCACCGCCACUACCCAAACGAAGACAGCGUCUUUCUAUCACGGACAACUUAGACAAGUACGGUGACAGCGAGAUGCUUGUCGUCAAAGCUCCUUCCCAAGAAGCGAGCGCGCCGACAAGCCCGAUCAUACCCACAUGUCAUGAUGCUGCCUCCUACGAAAACAACAAUGUCGGUCCGGAUAGCGAGGAAGAAAACUCGAUUCGGGACACGGAGUUACAAGACGAAGUGAUGGAGUAGGGAGUAGCUUCGUGUAGUAUCAAUUUCAAACCUUUAUCUCAG